AUGCUGCCCCGAGGGCGCCCCCGGGCGCUGGGGGCCGCAGCACUGCUGUUGCUGCUGCUUCUGAUCGGUUUCUUCCUGUUCCCUGGGGACCUGGACUACGAGCGGCCGCGGCCGCGGGGGACUGCUGCCUUCGACGGAGACCCGCCGGCAGAACCCGGGGGCCACAACGGCUCGGAUUGCAUCCCGCCGCGGCCGCGGCCGCCCAAGUGCGAGCUCUUGCAGGUGGCUAUCGUGUGUGCGGGUCAUAACUCCAGCAGAGACGUCAUCACCCUGGUGAAGUCCAUGCUCUUCUACAGGAAAAAUCCACUGCACCUCCACUUGGUGACUGACGCCGUGGCCAGGAACAUCCUGGAGACGCUCUUUCACACAUGGAUGGUGCCUGCUGUCCGGAUCACCUUCUACAACGCUGAUGAGCUCAAGCCCCAGGUCUCCUGGAUACCCAACAAGCACUACUCUGGCCUCUAUGGGCUAAUGAAGCUAGUGCUGCCCAGCGCCCUGCCCCCUGACCUGGCCCGUGUCAUUGUCCUGGACACAGAUGUCACCUUUGCCUCCAACAUUGCAGAGCUCUGGGCACUCUUUGCUCACUUUUCUGACAAACAAGUGAUUGGUCUCGUGGAGAACCAGAGCGACUGGUACCUCGGCAACCUCUGGAGGAACCACAGGCCCUGGCCUGCCUUGGGCCGGGGAUUUAACACAGGCGUGAUCCUCCUGCGGCUGGACCGGCUCCGGCAGGCUGGCUGGGAGCAGAUGUGGAAGCUGACAGCCACGCGGGAGCUUCUCACCCUGCCUGCCACCUCACUGGCUGACCAGGACAUCUUCAAUGCCAUAAUCAAGGAGCACCCGUGGCUGGUGCAGCCCCUGCCCUGCGUCUGGAACGUGCAACUGUCAGACCACACGCUGGCUGAGCGCUGCUACUCAGAGGCGUCCGACCUCAAGGUGAUCCACUGGAACUCACCAAAGAAGCUUCGCGUGAAGAACAAGCAUGUGGAAUCCUUCCGCAACCUCUACCUGACCUUCCUGGAGUACGAUGGGAACCUGCUGCGGAGAGAGCUCUUUGGGUGCCCCCGCCCGCCCCCUCCUGGGGCCGAGCAGCUGCAGCGGGCCCUGGCGCAACUGGACGAGGAGGACGCAUGCUUUGAGUUCCGGCGGCAGCGGCUCACUGUGCACCGUGUACACAUCACCUUCCUGCCCCACAAGCCACUGCCCCCCCAGCCCCACGAUGUCACCCUGGUGGCCCAGCUCUCCAUGGACCGGAUGCAGAUGCUGGAAGCCCUGUGCAGGCACUGGCCGGGCCCCAUGAGCCUGGCCUUGUACCUGACAGACGCAGAGGCCCAGCAGUUUCUGCGUUUCGUGGAGACCUCGGUGGUGCUCUCCGCCCGGCAGGAUGUGGCCUACCACGUGGUGUACCGUGAAGGUCCCCUCUACCCCAUCAACCAGCUUCGCAACGUGGCCUUGGCCCAGGCCCUCACGCCUUACGUCUUCCUCAGUGACAUUGACUUCCUGCCUGCCUACUCCCUCUACGACUACCUCAGGGCCUCCAUCAAGCAGCUGGAGCUGGGCAGCGGGCGGAAGGUAGCUCUGGUGGUGCCCGCAUUUGAGACCCUGCACUACCGCUUCAGCUUCCCCAGUUCCAAGGCCGAGCUGCUGGCCUUGCUGGACGCUGGGUCUCUCCACACCUUCAGGUACCAUGAGUGGCCCCGGGGUCACGCGCCCACAGACUAUGCCCGCUGGCGAGAGGCUCAGGCCCCAUACCACGUGCAGUGGGCAGCUGACUACGAGCCCUAUGUGGUGGUGCCACGUGACUGCCCCCGCUACGACCCCCGCUUUGUGGGCUUCGGCUGGAACAAGGUGGCCCACGUCGUGGAGCUGGAUGCACAGGAAUACGAGCUGCUGGUGCUGCCCGAGGCCUUCGUCAUCCACCUGCCACACGCCCCAAGCCUGGACAUCUCCCGCUUCCGCUCCAGCCCCACCUAUCGUGACUGCCUCCAGGCCCUCAAGGACGAGUUCCACCAGGAUCUGUCCCGCCGCUACGGGGCUGCUGCCCUCAAAUACCUCACCGCCCUGCAGCAGCCCCAAGGCCCCACCUGA